GGGUGGCACCGAAUUCUGAUACUCAUAACAAUCAGGUUGCAGUGGUUCUGUUACACAAUUGGAGUACCAUGUUGAGGAGGUUCAUUCUGAUGUGAUCAGUUUGAAGCAGCUAGGCACCUUGACAUCACCAGGUCAAUUGGUGGAUCAACCACUCCCUGAUUUUGGGCCCCCCAUACAAUCAUUCAAGUUGGUAGAGCCACAUUUCCCACCUUCAAUGCAUCCAAUUAGGUUGAAAGACAUCAGUCAGAAAAAAUGGCAUAGGUCCAAUUGGGCAGCAUUUGAACUUGAUGAGGAUGAGAUGUCCCACCUUUCAUUGCAAUCAGUAUCUAGGCCACAAAUAUUGGAUCAUGAGGCUGGUCCAUGUGGAAGGAGCUCAAUUGUACCACUCCCACCUUUUCCCAGUCAACUUCUUUGUUGAAACCACUGCCAAUCUGUCUACCUUCCUCCAUUCCAUGCCCAUCAUUGCUUCCCUCCCCAUGUCCCUCUGCUCAGCCAGCCCAAUGCAUCAGUGUGGAUGAUUUGCCUGGCUUUGUCCUUCCAAAACCAGCUCAAUCCUCCAGGUGCCUUGCUCAAUGGGUCAUGAAAACUUCAUUAUCAGCCUUGUCCCAGCCAUAUUUGCCAGCCAUUAGCCAGCACCAUGCCUCUCCUAGUCCCAAUUAUGCAUUGGCAAACAUCAAGGCCUGUACUGGGAGAGUGUAUGUCAUGGAUGAUGUCCAUCACCAGCAGUCAUAUGACCACCACCCUCCAGUGCCUGGUGCAUUUCUUCCCCUAAGCCCAGGAAGGAAAUUGGAAAUGGUUGUUAAGCUGCCUAUUUUGACAUACAGUGUUCCCUUGAUCCAUGCCCAUCAGUCUCCACCCAGGCUACAUCCUCAUCAGCAUAAGAACUGGACAGGUGAUGCUGGUUGGAUAGAGCAUGAGAGUUCUUUGCUGGGACAGGCACAGUUGGAGCCGGAAGAGUCUCAAGAGGAGGUGGGGGUGGAGUCGGACAUGGAACAUCUGAUUGAGGAGCCGUUCAUCCAGCUCGGCAAGACAGUUCGAUCUCAGAAUGUCCUGUUGGGCCGAAUCCUGACCCUGGCCAUGGACUUUGGUGCUGCCAAGGGGCCGGAAGUUGAGAAAACCGUAAAGGGACAUCUGAAGGCAAGCACACGAAGAUCUCUUGCCUGGCGACUGAGACUUCGGAAUGGAAGGGAUUGGGGUUGAAUAAACGUAAUUAUCUCUUGUCCGAAGAAAUUUCACUCCCUUCUUUUCUAUGAGUAAGCGCUUAGGACCCACAAUAUGCGGCUCUUCGUAGUAUUCAAGAAACA